UUUACAAGGCCAGAGUAUAUGACAUAUCUCAUGACGAGAUCUUGUAAGAUUUUACACUCAGCUGGAAUAAUCUGUCAUGCAGGCAUCAAUGCUGCGAACAGAAAAUGAAAAAGGUCGAAGUAUUAAUCUAGUUUUGUUCAAAAAUAAAAAUGAAAAAUAAAAAAAAUAGUCCGGAGUCGCCUCCGUUUGAACAGUGCAAUAAAACACCAAUAUUUUCAGCUUAAAGUGCCAUUAUAUGAACUUUCUUCUAAAAAAAUACUGAAUUUUAUGAUUAGACUAGUGAAUGAGACAAAAUCAAACAUACCGUUAUCAGCGGAUUGAUUUACUCUCUGUAUUGGUAAAUAUGAUCACGUGAUUCAUGUAACCAAUCACUGAAGAUGAAGCCAGCAAAAAUACUAUGAUUGUUCGGAGGCAAGGUUUCCGUAACAGUGUAACCUUUUAUAUGGCUACGAAGGCAUCCAAAAAUGACGACCAGUUCAACUCUUAGCAAUUAUUAUGUGGACUCUAUAAUGGGACACGAGGCGGAAGACGUGUACGGAACGCGUUACGUCCAGGGCUCGCACUCCGUGUCCGCCAGGCCGUCAGGUGUUGGGGAAAAUGCUGAUUUCUCCUCCUGCAGCUUUGCUCCCAAGACAGCCGUGUUUCCCACGUCCUGGUCCUCGGUCCACCCGCCGUCCACGGCCACAGUCUCCGGCAUUUACCACCCCUACGUCCACCAGUCGCACAUCGCCUGCACAGACAGCAGAUACGUGCGCUCCUGGGUCGAUCCAAUCUCCAGCCAUGUCUCGUUUUCCGGUUUCCACGCGAGCAGUCGGCCGUGCGGGACAAAGGCUGAAAGUUUGCCGUCGAAAAGGACCGAGAGCUCGAUGUUCGAGGCGGAGGCUCCGGGAGCCCCCGACUACAGCAGCGGCGCCGCGUCCGAGUGCGCGGAGAAAGCCAGCAAAGAAACCGCUGGCAAUGAUAUUGCGAGUCAAAGCGAGCCCAAAGACGAGAAACAACAACAACUUGACCCAAGCAACCCUGCAGCAAACUGGAUCCAUGCACGUUCAACGAGAAAGAAACGCUGUCCCUACACAAAAUACCAGACUCUGGAACUGGAGAAGGAAUUCCUUUACAACAUGUAUUUGACGAGAGAUCGCCGUUACGAAGUUGCACGAAUUCUGAAUUUGACCGAGAGGCAGGUUAAAAUCUGGUUCCAGAACAGAAGAAUGAAAAUGAAGAAGAUGAACAGGGAGAGGGGCAGUAAGGACCCUCAGUGAACAACAAUGUGUGCGAGCUGCUCGCCUUGCUAAGUGUCCUCUCUGUAUAUGUGUAAUAUGUUCUGUUUAGAUCCAGGAUAUUGGGGCUUUUUUGUGUGUAUUUUUGUCAAAGUAGCUCAUAAAAGUACAUUGAGUGAUCUUAGACUGGAGGCGUAGCCUAUAACGAGUCUUAAAAUGAUUCUAAUUUGUGUGUUCUUGAAACAAUUGUUCAGGAUUAUUUCGGUCCAGAGCAUUUUACUCCUUCAGCAACUGUGCACGCGAUAAUCAUGUUAGAUGCAAUUUAGACAUUUGGCGGUAAAAGCCUAAUUCAUCUGAACAGUGCAGAGGGCGCUGAGGAAGGAGAAGUAUUGGCUGUAUUGGAGCGUAGAGGCUGGAGAACAAAACACUCACCACACUUGUGCACAUCGUACAUAUAGUAUUAAUUAAGCAGGCCACGCUGCCUUUGGGCCUGGCUUAACUCUUGAAAUUUGAAGUCAAUUUUAUAGGCUUAUCAGGUUGCUGUUAGAAUUAUUUAGGGUCUAAAUGUCGUUGGGUAAUACUCAAAGAUACAGGGCCCGGUGUUCUUAGCAUCAAAUUUAGGUCUUUGUUCUCAGACAUUAAGAUUUUUUUUU